GUUAAAUUGUGUUCGUGUGUAAUGCUUGCUCGUAAUAUGUCGACACGAUUAUAAUCAAACAACAAGCAACUAACGCAAGAACGUAAUGAUACAGACAAAAAGGGAAAGAAAUGAUGAUACAAAGCUUCAAGUUUCUUUUUGGGAUAACAAUAGUUUUGAUCGGUGUUAUGCUUUUCCUUGGAAGGAGUAAACAUUAUUUAAAAGACGGUAAAGGUAUAGCUAAACUACGUGAACCUUCAAUCUCCAGAACAAAAGUCGUUCAGAAGUUUUAUGUAUCCAGCGAUGAAAUUGGUGAUGAAUCCAGUGAUGAAACAAACGAUGGAACCAGUGAUCCUCAAAGCGAAGAGAUAGACCCUAGAUAUAUUCUCAGUGGUCCUCAAAUGAAACAGUUUAACCCUGGAGAGAUUCCUACAACAGCUCAUUACGUUUGGUGCGGGGAUAAAGUUUUCACCUUUGCAGAUUACUUGGUGUUUCUCAGUAUCGUCAGAAUUUUAGAACCGUUUCAAAUAUUCUUCUACCAUAACACUUUACCCAAGACGGAUUGGAGCUACUAUCAUUCUUGGUUCCCAGAUCUACAACAAUCUUUGGCAAAUUUAGUCUUAAAGAAAAUAGACCGACCAAUCAACUGUAGCACAAUGGACGCCGUGGACUUUGCUCUGGAACAAAUGGCAUCAAACAAAGUUGGGGGCGUCUAUGUAGGUGAGAGGGCCGUGUUGACGCAAGUCCCUGACACAUGGAAGACUGGGAAAUAUUUCACUUAUCAAAAACAGGGUAGUUCUAGCAGUGAAGAUAUGAUAGUGUUUGUUAAACAAGGAAUUGAUGGGAAAAAACCAUCCGAUAUCAAACGAUUUAAAAACAAAGUCUUAAGUAAAAAACAUGAGUGCUUAACUGAGGAACGGUUUGAAAACGAGUUGUCACCUUGUGUUGUGUUGCCCGGGCCGUUUUACCCAGAGAAGAUUUUAAACUGCUCAACAUCUUUCUGUGCUUAUUUGAGAUGGUUAAACUAUGCUCCAACUGAACACAGUGUUGACUCAUCAAAGUUGGUACCACUCAUCAAUCACGUGAUCUUCCUAAACCCUAACCCUGAUUCUGCUGUCCAGUGGCACUUUGAGAAAUAUGUCAGUGUUCUAUCGGCUUUGUAUUUAGCUCGGUUUGAAAGAGUGUACGUGUAUGGUAACACAGAACCUUCCGGAACAUUUUGGGACCGGCUAAAAAAAGAAAACGUCACGUUUGUUUACGUCGACCGACCAGAUUCUGUGUUUCAGCAGAAUGUCAACGAUAUAACCCACAAGACAGACAUACUACGUGUUCUGAUCCUCUAUAAACACGGGGGAAUAUACAAUGACAAUGACGUCAUCUGGGUCAAGCCCCUGUCUGUAGAACAAAGAAGGUACCCGACCAGUGGGACUUAUGAUUGGCAGCAGGUGGACACCUGGCCUAGGAUGAUCAACAACGGUGUGAUCGUCUCCAAACCUAAAGCACUUUACCUGGCGAAAGUUCUGGAAUCUUUUAAGACUUACCGUGAUGAGCAUUGGGGAUUCAAUUCCUGCUACAUGUACUACAAGCUCUACGAGAGAUUCCCAGAAAGUUUUCAUAUUGACACCAGACUACAGGUUGGAUGUUACUUUGGCAUCUGUCAUCCUGUCUGGCACGAAGGUUUUCAGAGAGUCUUGAAUGAUCGACGUCCUACCACAUGGAUUAAAAUAGAGGAAGCUAACGCUUUCCAUGUUUUCGAGCACAAAAAUGGUGUAACAUUCAACUCGUUCUCCGAAAACAAGAACAGGACGAACAUCGAAGCAGUCCUGCUGAAGAGGGUAAUGGAAGCCGUACAGAAGGCGGGAAAAUCUCAUCUGCUGGAAGAUUUGUGAUGACAUCAACCUUAAAUGAUUUAGAUCUUAAAUUUACUGCCAAAAAAAGGUUGCUGAUUAGUACCUAUAUUCAAUAACACUUUAUUUCUAUUUUCGAACUUUUUUUUUCUAAUUUGUUUUCUUAAUCUCCCCGAA